ACCAGUCUAUUACAACUAAAGGGACGCAACUGGUCUUCCUGUGCAACCAAACAAAUAUUUUGUUUACAAGUUUGGAACGCAACAAUAAAGAUGGGAGAUGUUCCGUCGGAACAGUAUAUCCUUGAUAUUAUUCAGGAUAUCAGGACUUCGAAAUUAUAUACGGACUUACUUAAUGCCGCUCAUUUUGAAGCAAGCAAGCCUGGGCAUAGGAUAUCGGAUCUUAAAAAACAGGUUCAUGCUGGUCUCGUGAAUUCAGGAUGGGACAAAAAGCUGCGGAAUGCAGUCGCAAAAUUCAUACAGACGCAUCCUCAUGUGCAGCAUCCAUAUAUUCCACACGAGCACACAAAGGAACCUCUUGUCCACUUGCGAAAAGCACAACAAGCAUGGGAGAAGAAAAUACUGAAAAGUUUGAACAGCAUGUGCACUGAACUGAGUAUUCCCCUUGCCAGAAGGCGUCCUGAAAGAGAUCAAAAAGAUAUGUCUAUGAGAUGGACAGAGCUGGGAAUCGAUGGACCAGAUCUCAGUCAGAUUCGACCAGUCUAUGCUCCAAAAGAUUUUUUAGAAGUUGUCAUUGGAUUACAGAAUCCAAACUUUCAAACGGGAAAUGCAAACGGUUUUUUCAAUCUGUUGGGGAUUGUCCAGAUUCCCUUGAAAGUUAGAGAAAUCGACGAACUGCGGAUUCAGUACAGUGACAUGUCAAUCAAUCAGUGUCAAACAGGGGUGGACGAUUUCGCAGAUAUACCUUCUGAACUCUUUGAGAGUGAAAGAGUUAAACUGGGCAAGAAGGUGCUUGCAGCUUGCCAUGGGCCUCUUACACAAGAGUAUGCAAAGAAGGGCUGUCCCGUCAGCCUGCGAGGUGACUUAUGGUGUCAGAUGCUAGGUAUAGAAGUGCAGGACAUAGACAUUCUCUAUUUUGAACAACUCAAGUCAUAUGUGUUACAGCAUGAUCUUCUAGUUGACAAUUUGCUGUACAAAGAUGUGAAAUUGACGGCUACAAAUGAUGACCAAUAUUUUGUCUUUGAAGAUUUCCUGUACCAAGUCUUGUUGCCGUUUUCCAGGGACACUUGGCUCUUAAAUCACUUCAACUACACGAGUUCCCUUCCACCGAAGUCCUAUAUUUGGGGUAAACUUGGUGUGGAAGAAUUUGCCGUUGUGUAUCCUCCCAAUGGGGUUAUUCCAUUCCAUGGUUUUGUCAUGUAUGUAGCCCCACUGUGCUAUCUCUACAGAGAACCGGUGAAGCUGUAUUAUGUGUUCAGAGAAAUGUAUUCACAGUACUUUUUUCGCCUACACAGCAUUUCCUCCCAUCCCCAGGGAAUCGUUGCUCUUAGUCAGAUGUUUGAAAUCUUGCUUCAGAAUGAUGAACCAGAAAUGUUCUACCAUCUCAGAAGUAUUGGUUGCCAGCCACUGAAGAUCGCAUUCAAGUGGCUCAUGCGAGCCUUCUCGGGCUUCCUUUCCAGUGACCAAGUGCUUCUUCUCUGGGAUAGAGUGUUGGCAUAUAACUCGCUAGAAAUCCUACCCGUUUUGGCUGUGGCUAUAUUUUCGUUUCGCAAGACGAAUCUGAUGAAGGUGACGACAUUCAGUGCUGCUGAAGCUGUCCUUGCAGACCUAACAACUCUCCAAGUGGUUCCUCUUAUUCAGCUAGGGCUGUUCUCCCAGUGAAAGUACUUUGCAUGUGUAUUACUAUUACUGCAAGCUGACAAAUACACACAUACAUGUAUUUAUAAGUAUACAACAUGUGUUUUGUGGUGCUCACAUUGGAUUUCUAUAUAUAUAUAUAUUGGUGAUUUCCCAAGAAAUUAGGCAAAGACUUUUGUGGCAUUUUCGGGGCACUUGUUUUUCAUUAAAAAUACACAAAAAUUAAAUGAAUAAACAUUAAUGUAAUUUAUGUGCUAAGCAGCUUGCUUUAAUAAAUGAAUGGCAAAAGAUAUAAAAGGCAUAUUUUAUUAAUUAAUAAUACCUUUUUGGGUGUUUUAUAAAGGCAAUUUUUGAAUUAAUUAGUGCUUGUUUAAUCUCAGGGCAGCAUGGUACUAAUUAUGGUAAGAUGGUGCUAUACUAUUGAGGCAUGGUGCUCCACCAUGCUAAAACAAGCUAGGGAAAACACUAUAUAUGAAGCUGCUUUUUCUGAAGUCUCCAGACAAAAUCAAUAAUUUGGGAUAAUUAGUUUAGUUGACACAGCUACAGAUGACAGUUUCACUAUAUAAAUGUUUCAAUUAUGAACUCAUUAUGCACAAUGCCUUGUUGUAUCAACGUGUAUACCUGUAGGUAUGUAGGUGAACAGCAGUUUAAAAUAAAAUAUAAUAUUCAG